GGACUGUGCCGCACCGGGCUGUGUCGGGCCGCGCCGGGCUGUGCCGGAGCUGGAACUGGUACCGGUGUCCGUUCCGCGGCCGCGCCCGCCGCUGCUGGGGGAGGCGGCGCCCGCGCCGCGCCCCCGCGCCCCGCCCGCCCCCGGCAGCAGCGGCAGCGGCAGCUUCAGCACCUCCGUCAGCUCCUCCAGCAGCUCUAGCAGCAGCACCAUGGACCUCUCCUUCAUGGCUGCGCAGCUUCCUGUUAUGGGAGGAGCCUUUAUGGACUCACCCAACGAGGACUUUAGUACAGAUUACUCCUUGUUUAACUCAUCAGCCAACGUCCAUGCAGCUUCUUCCAUGCAGAAUCCACCAGAAGAGACAUCCCGGUCCUCAAAUGAUGCCAUAUUGUUAUGGAUUGCAAUAAUAGCAACGAUUGGAAAUAUUGUGGUUGUGGGAGUGGUGUAUGCCUUCACCUUCUAGGAUGACUGUCACUCCCCACCCUGGAAGAGAGAAUAACUACAACAGUAUUUGUCUUGUGUAUGUACGUGUGUGUAUAUAUAUAUAUGUAUAUCUAUAUAAAUACAUAUUGAUAGGGACUUUAUUUAUUGAUUAAGUGCUGGCACAAUCAUGGAAAUUGAAUGCAAGUUCAUCAUCUUGAAUCUCGAUGGCAGAAAGCUUGCAUGCAAUUGCAAAUCGUAUGGAGAUGAGAGCUUUAAAUGAGAACAGAGCCAAUACCAGUUUUGUAUAGAAAUGUGAUAGCGGCCAAUGUGGGUAAGGUAAACACAAAGAGAAACUGAGACUUACACAGAAAGUGCUUAUUUUCUACUGGUUAGAUUUUCCUAGCAGCUGUUCUGUAUUUUGUCAGCUUUCUUGUGCAUUUUUUUACUGUGGUAUAACAUUGUAUGAAAUUGUGCUAUGUCAUGUUUGCUGGUUAUCUUAGUUUUCCAGAUGGACUAAAUGAUUGGCAUUGGCUCAGUUCCAAUGAAGUACGAGUUCUUUGUGCGUGACUCUUCGGCACAUGCAUACACUGCUAGGCUGUGUUCAGAAUAAUGAGUCUUAAAGCUGUGAAAGGCAGGUGCAUGCUCUCUAGUACUUGCCUUCCAAUCUCAAUCACUGUAUCUAUGAUUUGAUGCUAAAUUUGCCUGCUGUUUGCAGGAGGAGGCACAUUUAUUGCAAGGUGUGGCUGGUCUGCAGACCCUCUGCACUUCAGAGGAGGAGGUGUUAAACAGAGCAGCAGCACAGUCUCUCAUUUUGGUCUAGAGUUACUUGAUUGUGGUGGUCUGUAAAUGUCUCCCAUCCCGGAAGCAAAAGCCAAGUACCAUGCUUUUCAGCUGAUUUCACUGUAAUCAAGAUUUCCACGGCAGCCAUAUACUUUCAUAAUCUUAUUGGUGUAUCAAAAGACUAUAGGGAAACUGUGAAGGCUCAUUAACAGUGAAUUAUGUUUAUGAGAAAACUAGAGUUCAAAGAAAGAUUUGAUGCUUCUGUGCUCACAAGAGAGUGAGUGCAAAAGUCAGGUAUGUUGUAGGGUAGAAACA